UUUCUUCUCCAUUUUCUCUCACUCCCACUUCUUCUUCCCCUCUGAAUUAAACCUCAAGAAUCCACCAAAACAUUAACUAUGCCUUCUUCUUCUGUUACACUCCUCUCCCAAUGCACAAUCUACCCAGAUAAAAAAUCCACCAUUAAAUCUCUCAAACUCUCCGUCUCUGAUCUCCCCAUGCUUUCCUGUCACUACAUCCAAAAGGGUGUUCUCCUCACUCAACCCCCUUACUCCAUUGAUGAUUUCAUCGACUCACUCAAGCACUCCCUCUCCGUUGCUCUCUCCCACUUCCCUCCCCUCGCCGGUCGUUUCUCCACCGGCCAUGACGGCCAUGUUCGUAUUCUCUGCAACGAUGCCGGAGUCCAAUUUGUCACUGCCACCGCUCCCCACAUCACCCUCCACUCCAUUCUCUCCCAUACCGAUGUACCUCCCUGUGUCAAGGAUUUCUUCACCUUCGACUGGCUCAUUAGCUACUCCGGCCACUCCAAACCCCUCGCCGCCGUCCAAAUCACUGAGCUUACCGACGGAGUCUUCGUCGGAUGCACCGUCAACCACGCGGUCACCGACGGAACUUCUUUCUGGCAAUUCUUCAACACCCUCGCUGCAAUCUGUAAAGGCUCCCAGAAGCUUCCCAAGGCCCCUGACUUCUCACGCGACACCGUUUUUGACUCCCCCGCCGUCCUGAAGUUCCCUACUGGUGGACCCACUGUAACUUUCAAUGCAGCCGAGCCUUUGCGUGAGAGGAUUUUCCAUUUCAGCAAGGAAGCCAUUGGAAAGCUUAAAUACAGAGCUAACAGGGGUGAGUUAAUUAGUCAGGAAAUACUAGGAAAGCAAGGCAACGACAGUUGGAAAACCGUUAAUGGCGACACUAACGGAAAGAUAACGUCCGUUACGGGUAAUGGCAAUGUUCUCAAUCGGACGGACGAGAUUUCGUCUUUCCAGUCACUCAGCGCACAGUUGUGGCGGUCCGUAACGCGCGCAAGGAAGCUCGAUCAGACCAAAACGACGACGUUCAGGAUGGCCAUAAACUGCCGGCACCGGCUGGAGCCACGGCUGGACCCGUACUAUUUCGGUAACGCGAUACAGAGCAUUCCGACUUAUGCUUCGGCCGGCGAGCUGUUAUCUCGGGAUCUGGGAUGGGGAGCCGAUCUGCUGCAUAAGAACGUGGUGGCCCACGAUGACAAAACGGUGCGUAGAGGGGUUGAGAAUUGGGAGAAACAGCCUAGGUUGUUUCCGCUUGGGAACUUCGACGGGGCGUCAAUCACGAUGGGUAGCUCUCCCAGAUUCCCCAUGUACGAUAACGAUUUCGGGUGGGGCCGACCUUUGGCCGUUAGGAGUGGUAGGGCCAACAAAUUCGACGGUAAGAUCUCGGCGUUUCCAGGGAGAGAAGGAAAUGGGAGCGUUGAUCUCGAGGUAGUUUUGGCGCCGGAUACAAUGGCUGGGCUGGAGAUGGACGAGGAGUUCAUGCAGUACGUAUCGGAAAUGGUGUGAGUGAUUACAGGCUAGUGGCGCUUCAUCAGGGAUUGCAUAAAGGUCCAAAUGAUGGGGGGUCAUAAUUUGGACGGAUGUGAUUUGAAGAUAAGAACCGAAGCAGUGAUGUUUGGGCUUUUGCCGUCGGCCCACACCUGUGGGUUAAGCUUUGUAAAUUGCUACUUUUUUAUUUUCAACGUGAUGAAAUCAGACAAACUUUUCAAUUUUAAA